AUGUUUUUGCACUUUUUUAUAGCCCUAUUGUUAUUGAAAACAGUGUCGCCACAAAUAAACGGCGAAUUUUGGUGGCUUCAUGAAAAGGUUGCAAAACUACAGCAAGUUGAACCACCUCCACCAAAAUUUGAUGAUGUUAACGAUUUCGAUACUGAUGAAAGUGUAAAAGUUGUGUUUAAGGACAAUGAAAUGUAUUCGAAGGAAGAAAUUAAUGACAAUAUAACUAAAAUAGAAUCUUUCCUCAAUCAAGGUGAAGUAUUACCAAAUGUAAUUUAUUUUCAAGAUCAAAGCGCAUUGGCCACACCAAUUAUUUCAAAAAAUAGCACUUUUAUUAAGAAAAACGUAACUAACAUGCAAGUAAGUGAAGCUUAUAACAACUCGAUUAAGGAAAAGGAAACAUAUCUCCUAAAUAAUAACACUCACAGUAAUGGAGAUGAAUUUGAAUUUAUUUUUCCCAAGAAUAACGACCUAUUAUGGGAGGAUAACAUAAACAAUUAUACAAAGACUGUCAUAUUUAAUGACUCUAAAAUAUAUGAUAGUAAAAAGAUGUAUAAGCCAAACACAAUUAAGUUAAAUGACAAAGUAUGGUUUGAAGAAGGAAAGAAACAAUUUGAAUCUGAAAGUAUUUGUACCUUUAUGACGAAAGAAGAAUGCAUCAGCAUAAAGGGUAUAGUUAAUUUUCCAGAAUCAUGCUCUAGAAAAAUUACCUUCGAAACGCAAAAAAUUUGUUGCAUACUUCCUUUACCCACUAAAGUGGCAUCUAAAAUUCGAUACCCACAAACUUUUCAUACAUUUGUGAAACGUUAUAAGCGUUCUGAACCUGGCGAAAAACUAAGUUCGGUUUUAAGGCAAAGAAAUGCUUUGUUACUACGAAAUCACUCUCAAAUUCAAAAAAAUAAACCAGCUCUUAAGAUUGUAACGCCCGAUUAUGUUGAUCCAUAUUGGAAUAUAAAAAAUCCUAAAUUUAGAAACCCAAGUACACCUAUUAGCCAAGACUAUAAGAGUCCAGAUUAUGUUGACGACUAUACUGCAGAAUUACCAAGACCAGGACUAGUUGGUAUUUAUUCAGAAAAUGAGAAAUUACAAGGAGAAACCAGUUGGAAAGUCAGAAACAUAAGGAAAGGUUUUACAUACUAUGACGAUACAGAUGAGGUCAGUGAAGAAGACGAUGAUGAUGAUGAUGAUGAUGAAAGUGAUAUACCUUUAGGAUAUUCUACUUUUGAUCCAAGACUUGGCAUAUCAACAAACAAACCUCGGCCUAUAAGACGUAAAUUGAAUCGAGUGACGACACCCAGAGUUGAUACAAUGCAGCAUUCGGAAAGUCAAACUAUAAAUUUUCACUCUACUCCAGAUUUUCAUGUAUUACAAGGAUUUAAGCUCAUCAAUUUAGUAGGAAAUAAAAAUAGAUACGUAAGAAAAACAACUACGGAACGGUUUUAUGAAAAUGAUGAAGAAGAAUCAAUAGAUCAAUCAUCGCCUGUAACAAACUCCGAUGGUGAAUAUAUCGACACUAUUGAUGUGGAGCAACAAGUAUACAAGCGCUGUGGAAAAAACAUCAAGAGCACCUUGAACAGCUUAAAUUCUGAAAAAGACGCAACAGAAAAUGGAUGCGACCCGUGGCUUGCAAUUGUCGUGACAACGAAAAAUCCCGAGAGUAUUUUGUGCUACGCAACAAUUGUGCACCCCCGAGCGGCUGUCACUGCGGCUGAUUGUGUUCACAAGAAAGCAGUUGGUGAAGUUACUAUUAUGAGUGGUGUGUGGGACUUAAAGCAAGAUCGAGAGAAUUCACAGCAGCGAAUGGCUACAAUCCAUGUACAUAAACAAUUCAGUUCGGGAGAUCUAGCAAAUAAUCUUGCUAUUUUGCAUUGGAAACGUCCAUUGAGAAUAGAUGCAAAAGUGCAACCGGCGUGUCUUGGGGACCCACAUAUCGGGGAUAGCUGCUAUUUUGUUGGAUGGGGUGGAUACGAUCAAGCUCUACAGCCACUAUCACACUGGCAGCACGCUACCAUACUCACACCUCGGGAUUGUAACGACAAGAUAUCUUCACCCGAUAUCAACAUACCAGCUGCAGCAUUCUGUGCUUCAGUGAGAACACGUGGAACUGUGACUGGUGUGGGUGGCCCUCUUUUGUGCAAAACAGGAAAUCGUAUAUCAAUAGUAGGGGUAGCGGUGUAUCGGGAAAGCGUUAUUGUACUGUUACCAACCUUUGAAUGGAUCAUCUCAGCUUUAAAAGAUCUACAGAUUCAA